GCAUCACAAGAGACCUUGACAAUUUCCCUCUGUACUCUGUUUACUUUCCUCCUUGCCAUUCCAUUAGACACUCCAGUGCAACCAUGCGCCUGCUCAAAGGCCUCGUACUAGGUCUGCUCCUUGAGAGAGGUCUAGGCCAGACAGACACUCAGCCAGAGGGUGACAGUAUUGCAACUGUUGCCGACCCUGUCGAGACAGAUCCCGCAGAUGUGCCUGCUCCUGACCCGAGUGCUCCAUCAGAUGGCGACACUCCUUCAGAUCCCCCAGACCCAGCAGAUGAUGGACCGACAAUCACAAUAGAUGACCCUCAGCCCACUGAUGACGGGUCCGAUGCCAGAAUCCCCGCCCCAGAUCCCACUGAUGAACCUACCGAUGUCGAAGACCCCUCAGCCAUUCCUGACGAUCCCGCCGAAACAAAUACAGACGAUGAACAGCUAGCUCCCACUGACCAGCCCGCGCCAACCGACACUGAGCCCGAGCCCACCGCAACAGACGUCGAUGCUACGCCGACCAAUGAUGAGGAGACUCCCCAAGAGACAGAUUCCAAUGGUGAGGAAGCUACGCAGACAGAUGGUGACACCGAUGCGGCACCCGUCGUUCCAACAGAAGCCUUGAACUCCGCGGCCGAAGAGACCCCAGAGGCAACCCCUCUGGCGUCCGACACCGCAGACGACCAAGUUCCACAGACGACCGAAGAGCCAUCGGAUGAAGAGACCGAAGAACCGAAAGCUGACUCUGAACCAGAAGAGUCUACCCAGCAGGAAUCCAGAGGAAUUGUAGCGCCGACAAAGACUGAGAAGAGCGAUGCGAAGCCGACUGAUGGCGAUGGUAAAUAUUCACCUGCUCCUUAUGCUAGUCCGACUGGAGGGGAUGAGACGGAGCCGACGGGGUCGAAGAAUGAACAGACCGCUGAUGGAACAACCCGCAAAGCUGCAGCUACAGGUAGUGGAGGCAAGGAGGAGAAGACUACACUUGCUACUUCCAAGGGAGCUGCGCCGACAUCGCCUGCUCAGGAUUAUGCCAUUGAUCUGGAAGAAGCUGACCUGGGCGACUAUGCCGAGUUCCAAGGCGCCGGCGACAAGACUGUCGUCAUUCUCAAACCCCCUCCCAACACCGAAGCAAAGUGCGAUCUCCCCCCAACAAGCGACGAAGACGUCCCCGAGGGUGAAGACGUGCGCGUCGUCCUCUCCGUGAAAAUCGCAGACCUCAAGAAAGGCGUCAAGUCUGGUAAUCGCUUGCAAAUGCUCAUUGACGGUUCGACUAUUUACGAUAAAGAGCUUUUGGGCACUGGUGAUGAAGAGGAGAGUAUUUCGAGCGAUAAGUUCAAGGCUGCGCUGGAUCAGAAGGUUAAUGUUGUUCAAAAGGCGGGUGACAAGCCGGUGCAGGUAACUAUUCAGGAUGCGAAUAUCAGGAGUGCUAUUAGCGGGGGCAGUAGAGGGGGUAGUGGAGGAGGUGGUGGCUCUGGUGGUGGUUCUGGGGAUGAUGGUGAUAACUCUGGUGAUGGUGGUUCUGAUGGUGGUUCUGGUGGUGGUUCUGGUGGCGGUGGAGGCGGAAGUGGCAGCGGAAGUGGUAGCGGAAGUGGCAGUGGAAGCGGUUCAGGCGAUGGUAACGGCGACAGCUCAGGCGGAGGUGCUUCUGAGAGCGCCUCAGGAACCGGCGGCGAAGGCGCAUCACCAUCAAGUGUUUCCGGCAGCGACGGUCAAACCAACGUUGCUGGCAAGAACUUCAUGGUCGGUGAGGUCCUCAUCUAUGCCCUCCCUCUUGCCGUCGCUCUCGUGGGAUGAGCCCAUGUAACAUUGGACAUUCUUGUAUCUAGUUCUUGGUGGUUGAGUUGGAAUUGUACAGAUCGCCGAGCUAUCGGGUUAAUAAUAUUAAUGCUUUGCUCGAGUUAAUGAGAAUUUGAUGACGGUUUAAUGACUGCAUAGUUUACC